AUGGAAGAGGCGUUCCUGGAAGCUCGCAGAGAAGGCAUGCUGAAGGCUAUGAUUCGGUCUUCCUUGGUGCUUUCCGUACUGCUGCUGGUUCAGAGUGCAUAUUUGACUCAGUCUUUCUUGGCCGGUGACCUUGCCAUUCCAGGUCUGAGGGAGGUGCUCAUCCACCGAGUCACAUGCAGCGGCGCACUUCUCAUGGCCUUGGUCGUAGUAGCGAGCCUUGGCCUGGUGCAGUGCCUCGCCGCCUCGGCGAGAACCCUCGAGAGGUCCAUAGCUUUCACGGUCCCGGUGAUCAUCUUCGCUGUGCCACACAUUGACUACCACUACGUGUCGAGGAUGCAUGGGCUAGCCGAAGAGUUUUUCAUGAGCCCGGACAACCCGGACUGUUACAACUAUGGCUCAGAUUCCAGGUUGAUGCUCUCGUGGAUUUCGCUGCUGACAACUGCACACUUCUUCCUGAACGUGCGGUGGUUCAUGCUGAUCCCAACGCAGCUGGCAGGAGUGCUCACCUAUGUCGUGUGCGCCGUCCUCGGGAGUCCAGAAGGAUUGGCCGAACUGAUAGUGAUAGUGGAUCCCGAGUCUUGGUAUAUCUUGGACAGAUGGUUUCCUGUACAGCAAGAUGGCAUCACAGCUGCACGAGAGAUGCCCGGAGAUGCUACCGGAAAGAAUGCCGAGAAGACCUUCCCGGUGAGGGUCAAUCUUUUUCGGAUGAACUGGACCAAGAGCAUCCACCAGUAUGAGUAUGAUCUUCCGGAUCCACAGACCUCCGCAGAUUCUGAGCGAAAGCUGCUUGAGAGAGGAUGGUCCGACAUGAAGAAACAUUUAGUUCAUUUUGUGAUUUGGCUGCCUGGUCGCAUCUUUUCUCCCACGAAGGUGGAGGGCUUCCCGUUGAAGGUACGCGACGAGAACGGCAAGCCCGUGCAACUGGAUGUUUGCCAUGUGGCCGAAAUCACUGCGCAGAAGAUCCAAGACGGAUACAUGGGCUCGGCUUCUAUAGUUGGGCAGUACAUUGCUGACCAGCUAGCGGGGCAACGCCGAAUACAGAGGGUUGGCAAGCGCUUUUACAAGAACGAUUGCCAACAGGUCAAAGGACACCACAGUGUAAUCAGCGCAUUUUGCGUGAAUCUUGCCAGGCUGGGUAGUGCUGGGCCCUUACUGCAAUUGGAUGUCUUGCACAAGCCGGCCAGCGCCAAGAACAUAGUGGAAGUCUUGAAAGGUGCCAUGGAAGGCACAGAUAUCUUUCAGCCAUUUCCGGAAAUCAGGGCCGAAUGGCUGCGAUUCUGUGUGUCCGCCACCGUUGUGACGAACUACAACUUCCGCGUGUACAGGAUAAAGCAAGUGCAUUUCAACAUGAACCCUUUCGACACCUUCACGUAUCAUCAGCGAGGCGGGGGUGACGGGGAGAAUGUCGAAAUUACUUAUGCGAAGUAUUUGGAAACCUUCUACGAGAAGUCUGUAACCUUCAAAGGCCAGCCUCUCUUGGAAGCUUAUCCAGAAAAGGCCAAGGAGAAAGUGUUCUUGCUGCCAGAGUUUUGCUGUCCUACGGGUGUGACAGACGAGAUGCGCCAGGAGAAGAGCCCCCUCAGUGAGGUUCUGAAGCAGAUCAAAGUCUCUCCACAGGAGAGGCACAAUGUUAUCGUGAGGCACGGCGCGGAAAUGGAGAAUGAACUGCCUGAAGCGCUCAAUGCCUGGGGCUGUCAGUUGGGACCACCCACAGAGACUCUCGAGGUGGAAGCAAGGCAGCUAGAGACUUUGCAGGUGGGUUUCAAUGACAAGAAGAUCUACGCUAUUGAGGAAGGUAGCUUUGCUCGGUCUCUGAGGAACGGCGUGCAGUGUCCUGUGACAAUCGAACGGUGGCUACUGUUCUAUCCACAGACGGAUGAGCCAGUAUUGGAGAUUUGGUUGCGGUCACUGCGAGAUGUUGCGAGGGUUGCAUUCGGCUGCAAGCUGGAGGAGCCAACCAAGGUUUGCUGCAGUGACCAGCACGGGGAGCUAAAGGCAAAGAUCGAGGAGUACAUUAACCCAGACACCCAGCUGAUGAUGCUGCUCAUCCCGAACAAGGACGUGAGGAAGGUGUACCAUUCCUUCAAGCAAAUGGCAUGCGACCGAUAUCCUUGCAUCUCGCAGGUUGUGCGCAGCGACACCAUCCGCAAGCGCCAGUCCAUUGGCUCCAUCCUCCACAAGGUGGUCCAGCAGAUCAACGCGAAGUUCUGUGGGCCCUUGUGGCAAAUCAUCCCCAAGGAUUCAGAGGAUACUGCCUUCACGGAUUUUAGGAAGCGUCCUUUCAUGAUCUUUGGCAUUGAUGUCUAUCUCACCUUCGAAGGGGCCCGAUGGCUCGGGAUCUCUGCGACUUUGGACAAGGUAUUCUCUCAGUACUACUCCAUGGCAGCCGAGUUGGAGAAGGGAUCCGUGCAGCGGUGGAGAACCAGCUUGUCAGUUGAACUGCAGCGCCUCUUCCGUGAUGCACUCAAUGCUUUCAUGGACUGCAAUGAUGGCAUCCUGCCGGAAACCAUUGUUGUGUACCGUGCAUCGGUGAACCAGGAAGAAUGGCCCCUGGUUGAUGCCAUAGAGCUGCAAGCGCUGGUGCAAGUAGUGAAUGCGGUUGCCAAGUUUCAGAAAGGCUACGCACCCAAAAUUGUGAUUAUCGGCAUCGCAAGGAAGACUGACAUGCGGAUCUUCAGGGGUGACAAGGAGAACAUCAGAAACCCUGAGCCAGGUACUGUUGUGGAUGAUCCUGCAAUUUGUCCUGGUCCCACUCCCGAGUUCUUCUUGCUCAGCCAGGCCAUUGCCAAAGGGAGCGCUGUCCCAACGCACUAUACGGUAUUGAUCAAUCGAGCUGACUUGCCGUUGCAGCUGAUCGAGAACCUCACAAACCGGCUCUGCCUUAUGUACUACAACGUUCCAAACGCUGUGCGUGUGCCGGCUCCUGUCCUUUAUGCCAACAAGAUUGCGGCCUUCUGCGGCAAUGUGAUCAAGAAGCCACCAAGGCCGCGCCUUCAGCGAUUCACCUACGCCCACGCACGACCUGGUCACGACCUGAGCGUAGCGGACUUCUCUUCUGGGCGUCGCCAAGCAAUGUCAGAAAGUGAUAAUCGGAACGAAAUGCCAGCGGUCACGGCCCUGGCGUCCCUGGCCAAGCGGCAGUUGGAGAAUCAUGAGCGCCAUCAGCGGCUGCAGCUGAUCUCCGAGAGGGUCGCACGCUUUGAGAGCGACUUCAAGCUGGAGCAGGCCUGGCGUGAUGGGAGUACAGCUUCGCCGACCACUGUUGUCCAUGCUGGAGACCUGCUGAAGCUGACGAACUUGUCCGGCUGGUCCUCCCUCCAUUUUGUGGCCCUCAGCCCUCUGAGCCACGCCUUUCUCCAGAUGUUGCAGGAGCACUGGCUUAUCGAGGCCAGACAGCUCAGUUUCAACCCGAAGAACCUGAUUGGGCGUGGAAACUACGGAGUGAUACUUGCCGGGGAUCUACUUGGGAUGCCAGUUGCGGUAAAGCUGCCUCUGGCGAAUGCAUCCUUGUCCCUGCCCGAUUUGGCAAACGAGCUGAGAUUUCUCCGACGGGUCCGUCAUCCUCACAUCGUUGCGUUUCAAGGCGCCUGUAUCCUGCCACAUGCGGAAGUGUUGUUCCUGGUGGAGGAGUUGGUAAACGGCACCAGCUUGCAGUCGCUUCUGCCGGGAUCCCUGGAGCUGCGCCCCCAAGAGAAGCACGCGGUAUUACUGGGAAUCCUGCGAGCGUUGCGGUACUUGCACGGCUUGGUUCCUUCCGUGGCCCACGGGGACCUGAAGCCCAGCAACGUCCUGGUCCUGGAGCGCGACCGUUCUCCGAAGCUGAUCGAUUUUGGACUUUCGCGGAUUCGUCACAGCCACUCGCGCCAGCUGGGAGGAACACCACGCUACAUGGCGCCAGAGGUGCUUACCAAGACCAUCCAGAUGGCGAAGGCAGACAAGGCAGACAUGUUCUCAUUCGGCAGAGUGAUUUUCUUCGUGCUGGCCGCAGCGAAUCCUUUGCAGGGCCUGAGUGUUCAGGAUGUGGUCUCUCAGGCUGAGAGAAAUCAGGUACCGGACCUGCAGUGGCCACCAACUCCGGUCCCCUACGUCGAGCAUGCAAAGCGACUCAUCGACUCUUGUCUCAGGCCUUCACCUGAUGAACGCCCGAAUGCAGAGUCUGCAGAGCUGGCGCUGCGAGCCUGGCUCGAUGCCGACUCGCCCGAUCAAAACGACGGGGUCCACCUACGAGAGAUCAUCAACCACGACCGGACUGAGGUGGACCCGGAGACAAGGUUGGUGACCUCUUGCGCUGCAGCUGCCAAGCUUUACCUGGCGCAGAAAAACCAGAUCUGA